AUGCAGCCCCUCAACCAUCCAUCCAUGCAGCCACAUUACCAUCCAUCCAUGCAGCCCCUCUACCAUCUAUCCAUGCAGCCACUUUACCAUCUAUCCAUGCAGCUCCUCUACCAUCCAUCCAUGCAGCCACAGUACCAUCCAUCAAUACAGCCUAUCUACCAUCCAUCCACGCAGCCACUCUACCAUCCAUCCAUGCAGCCUCUCUACCAUCCAUCCACGCAGCCACUCUACCAUCCAUCCCCACGCUACCAUGCAUCCGUGCAGCUACUCUAUCAUCCAUCGUACAGCAGCUCUACCUUCCAUCCAUGCAGCCUCCCUACCUUCCAUCCGUGCUGCCACUCUACCAUCAAUCCGUGCAGCCACGCUACCUUCCAUCCGUACAGCCACUCUACGAUAGUCCGUACAGCCACUCUAACAUCCAUCCAUGCAACCACGCUACUAUCCACCCAUGCAGCCUCUCUACUAACCAUCCGUACAACCACUCUACCAUAUAUCAAUGCAGCCACUCUAACUUUCAUAUGUGCAGCCACUCUUCCUUCCAUCCGUGUAGCCACUCAACCAAUCAUCCAUGCAGCCACGCUUUCAUCCAUUCGUAUAGCCUCUCCAACAUCCAUUCAUGCAGCCGCUGUACCAACCAUCCCUGCAGCAACUCUAUUAUCCAUCCAUGCAGCCACGCUACCAUGCAUCCGUGCACCUACUCUAUCAUCCAUCGGUACAGCCACUCUACCUUCCAUCCGUACAGCCACUAUACCAAUCAUUCAUGCAGCCACGCGACCAUGCAUCCGUGCACCCACUCUACCAUCCAUCCAUGCAGUCUCUCUACCUUCCAUCCGUGCUGCAACUCUACCAUCCAUCCGUGCAGUCACGCUUCUUUCCAUCCGUACAGCCACUCUACCAUACAUCCGUACAGCCACUCUAAAAUCCAUCCAUGCAACCAAGCUACCAGAUCCACCCAUGCAGCCUCUCUACUAUCCAUCCGUACAGCCACUAUACCAUAUAUCAAUGCAGCCACUCUCACUUUCAUAUGUGCAGCCACUCUUCCUUCCAUCCGUGCAGCCACUCAACCAAUCAUCCAUGCAGCCACGCUAUCAUCCAUCCGUAUAG